AUGCGCAGAAAUGGCCACGAGGCUGGACAGGCUUUGGGUGCUUUUGGAGUGUGGCUCAACUCCAGUCACACGUAAAGCAGCUGCCCAACAAAUAGGGGAAAUACAGAAACUCCACCCACACGAGUUUAAUAAUCUACUGAGAAAAGUUUGCCAGUAUUUGUCUAGUAAGAAUUGGGAUAGCAGGGUAGCAGCUGCUCAAGCUGUUGAGGCUAUAGUGAAGAAUGUGAAGCACUGGAACCCUCCAUUUAAUAAUAAAGAUGAAGAGAAAGAUGCAUUUAAGACCAGCGAACAACUUUCAUUUGAAACAUUUGAUAUUACACAGGUGUUAAAGUAUGGCACUCCAUUGCUUAGUUCUACUGGUGAUGAAUAUAAUCAACUUGAGAAUGAUGUCGAGUAUCAAAAAAUGACGCAAAAAGAGAAAGCCACAUAUCACAGGCAACAGUUGAAACAGAAGUUAGGCUUAGUCUCGCAAGGUAAGGUAUUCUCAACUGGCCUGGAGCAGCUGUUUGAUGAUAACGAUCUACUGACUAAUUUCAAAAAACAGACAAAACCACUGAAACAAUCCAAUGUUGAAAUACAUGAGUUAACUGCUCUGAGUGGUAUGAGUGCCAGAGAGAGAAACAGAGCCAAGAGAAAAGUUAAAAUGGCUUCAAGGAAGGUUGCACGUGAUAAAGAGAAGGCAGCAGAAUGCGAUAAUGACCCCACUCCUCCUACCAGCAAGAGGCUCAAGACAUCUUCUGUAAUGGUUGACCAAGCAGAAGGAAGCAAUAAAAUAAUAAUAGACCAAGUACCUGAUACAGAGGCUUUCUUUGAUGAAUCCGAUGAAUGGCCUUUUACCUGGUUCUGUGAGUUCAUGUUUCAGCAAUUAUUUAACCCCCAGUGGGAGGUACGACAUGGGGCCGGUUCAGCUUUAAGAGAAGUUAUCAAGCAGCAUGGUGAUACAGCUGGAAUAUUGUCAACCACGCCCACUGAACAGAGGAUUACUGUUAAUCAGAAUUGGCUCUCAGAUGCUGCCAUUAGGAUAAUUUGUGUGUUUGCUCUGGAUCGCUUUGCCGAUUUUGUAUCAGAUCAAGUGGUAGCACCUGUACGUGCCACAUGUGCUCAAGUUCUUGGUAUUAUUUGUAAAGAACUUUCUGAUGAGAAUAUUUAUAAAUUAAUUAACUUGUUGUUAAUAUUGAGCCAGCAGGACCUCUGGGAGAUCAGACAUUCAACCCUAUUAGGACUACAACACUUACUAGCCGCUAGAAUGGAUGUAUCCAUUAACAUAUUACCAGUUGUUGGUGAGUGUAUCAUUAAAGGAUUGCAGGAUAAUGAUGAUGAUGUGAGAUCUGUUGCUGCAAGAGCGCUCCUACCUGUGGCUGAUCAUUUACACACCUCUUUUAAUGACAGACUGGUAAUGUUAGUACAUAUACUAUGGGACAGUCUGCUUCAUUUGGACGACCUCUCUUCAUCAACAGCAGCUGUAAUGGAUCUACUUUCAUGCCUCUUAACAUACCUACCCAAAUACAAAUCAAAUAAUGAGGAGGUGUCUUCGCUAUUAUCUGGUUCCUCAUUGUCAUUAUUAGUCCCAAGGUUGUAUCCAUUUUUAAACCAUACCAUUCACACCGUGAGAGGCUCCUGUUUGAAAACAAUCAAUAAUUUGAUUAUGAUUCCUAACGAAGGGGCUACCCCUAAUAAAGAGACUUCCUUGUGGCUCGAGGCUAUUCUGAACGAAUUGUUAAAUAAUUUAUUUAUUAGAUUAGCUCUUGAGGGGGACAGUGGUGUUGGGAACGUAGCCUUUGAAGUAUGGAAUCGAGUGGUAUCGUUGGUAGAUGGUUCUAAAUUGUGUGAAAUAUUAUCGAAAACUUUAAUGAAUUGGUUAUCAAUAUUAGUGACUCCACCCAUACAAUCCAUUGACCUCUCACUACUAAAUGGCCUUGCUGGAGAUGUUUAUUUGGGCGGUUGUUUAGGAGUUGAAUCGAUUUCUGUCAAAGAACAAGCAGCUUUUAAAGCUAGAGUCACUUGCUCCAAGUGCAUUGGUUUAUUAGUUGGCUCCAUUCCUUCUUCCUCUCAUGCUUUAUUAUCAACUCCCGUCUCUCAGAUGCUCUCCAGUAACAGUUCCAUUUGUAAAAUACUGGCCUCUUUGCUAAUAACUUACUGGAAAGAUGCUCCGCCACAACCAGAUAUCAUAACCAGUCUGACCAGUUCUCUUACUGAAUAUUGUGUAUAUGAAGAAGUCACACCAUUUAUGGCAUCAUUGCAAAAAGACUGCUAUGUUCUUGUUAGCGGUUUAGAGAAAAAGGGUAUUGAUGUCAGUGGAGGAAUAAAUCCAAGUUUAUAUUCUGUUGAGUUUGCUGUUCAACUGGCUGGCAGUACUUAUUCCAAAGGAAUAGAAACUUUGACGUUAACUGACGAGGAGAAACAAGACUUUGAGUCGUAUCAUCGCAACCUACUAACAAGCAUUGGCCAGUAUCAAGAGUAUCACUCCUCAUUGCAGCUGUUAGUGCAGACUACAGCUGCUGGUAGCCUAAUAUCCCUCUCUUCCCUCCCUCCUAAGCUAAACCCUAUCAUUCGACCACUGAUGGACUCCAUAAAGACACACAGUGAUCCUUUGCUGCAGUCACUCACUUCACAAUGGCUGAGUGUUCUUCUUGAGUUAUCCAUCGACAGGACUCCAUCUCCUAAUAAUAAGAUAAUUAAGAACCUAGCUGGGUAUUUAUGUUGUGAUUCUAGUCACACUCCUCCAAUUAAACCAGCUGAUGGUACUGGACAGGAACAAUCAACCCACACCCACCAGAAGAAGGACAGUUCUAAUAGCAUUAGUUGGAGUAUUACUGAUGGAAUUAUAUCACUAAUGAAAAAUAAUAAACAGGUAUCCAAGUCACUGAAGUCAAGAAGAGGUCCUGGGAGACCAGCUGGAUCAAAUAGAGAGGCUAAUGGCUCUAGUGGAUUGACUGGAAGCAAUAACGAACAGAAUUUAUUAAGUGUCCAGAGGAGUGGAGGUGAAGCUGGACUGAGUGCUUUAGUGGGUCAUUUUGGAUCAGAAUUAUUCACUAAACUACCUCAACUGUGGAGUUUGAUAAACGAUCCGUUGUCUAAUAUUAGAAAUGAAUCUAAAGUGUUUACUGAUGAUGAUAUGAAAGCAGCUGCUGCCAUUGUCAAUGGAUUGCAAAUAUUUGAAACACUUUGUCCAGCGAUUUUAGACUCAACGAUAAAAGAAAGAUUUUUCUCUCUACUACCAUCCCUUCUCUCUUGUGUCUUGUCUCCUUUUACCGCCAUUAGACAUAUGGGAGCUCGAUGUACAGCUGCUCUAGCUAUUAUCAAUAUUCAUGAAGUCUUGAUGUUUUUCAUGGAUGAAAUACUUCCUUUUUUGGGCGACACAAAAAAUAUAGAAAAUAGACAAGGAGCAAUUGAAGUCAUAGCUUGUUUUAUAGAUACAUUAGAUAUUAAUAUCUUGUGGUACGUAGUAUUACUUGUGAUGCCUGUACUGGGUCGGAUGAGUGAUCAGGAUAAUAGUGUUAGACUAAUGGCGUCGCAUUGCUUUGCUAAGCUUGUAGCACUAAUGCCACUUGAAUCUGGAGCCGUUGAUCCAGCUGGUGUCUCUCAAGUUUUAGUUGAUAAGAGAAAUAAAGAGAGAAAGUUCCUAGAGCAGCUGCUUAAUCCGAGCAAACUUGAUAAUUAUAAAGUACCUGUACCGAUUAAAGCUGAACUGAGAAAGUAUCAACAAGAUGGGAUCAAUUGGUUAGCUUUUUUGAACAAGUAUCAAGUACAUGGUAUCCUCUGUGAUGAUAUGGGAUUGGGUAAAACCCUUCAAUCAAUAUGCAUCAUUGCUGGAGACACAUUCGACAGGAAGAAGCAAUACGAGGCAACUGGUCACCCCGAUUGCUCUCCCCUUCCGUCCAUUGUCAUAUGUCCGCCGACCCUCACUGGACACUGGUAUUAUGAAGUGAAGAAGUUCUGUGAAUUGGAGCAUUUGAAUCCAAUCCAAUAUUGUGGACCACCUGCUGUUAGGGGAAGGCUGCAGAAAGUUGUUUCCGAUUAUGAUUUGGUGAUUGUGUCUUAUGAUAUUGUUAGAAAUGAUAUUGACUUCUUUUCUGGCAUCCAUUGGAAUUAUUGCGUUCUUGACGAAGGCCACAUCAUAAAGAAUACAAAGACAAAAGUUACUAAAGCUGUCAAGUCCUUAUUGGCUAAUCACAGAUUAAUACUCUCAGGCACUCCCAUUCAAAACAAUGUGCUUGAGUUAUGGUCACUGUUUGAUUUCUUAAUGCCCGGUUUCCUUGGCACUGAGCAGCACUUUAACAUUAGGUAUGGUCACCCCAUAGUACUGAGUAGAGACGCUAAAUCAUCGUCCAAGGAACAGGAAGCUGGUGCUCUAGCUAUGGAGGCGUUACAUAGACAAGUCCUCCCAUUUUUAUUGAGAAGAAUGAAAGAAGACGUAUUACAAGACCUGCCACCGAAAAUAAUACAAGACUAUCAUUGUGAUCUCAGCCCCUUGCAAGUUUUGCUUUAUGAGGAUUUUGCUCAAAGUAGAGCUAAACAGAAUGUGGAGGAUACAGUGUAUGAAGGCACAGCUGGAGCUGAUGAUAGUGAACCGCCAGAAAAGAAAAAGAAGAAGAGCAAUCCGGCACAGGGUCACGUGUUCCAAGCAUUACAGUAUCUUCGUAAAGUGUGUAACCAUCCCCUACUGGUUGUUAAUAAGGACCACCCAUUGUAUGACAAUGUAAUGAAGUUUUUAAAUAAAGAUAACACAACUCUACAUGAUAUAACACACUCGGCUAAGCUCCUAGCACUGAAACAGUUGCUCAAUGAGUGUGGUAUUGGUACUAAUGAUGUAGACUCACUGAGUGAUGCUUGUAUUGAUGGAGGUGGAUCUGUUGUCAGCCAGCAUCGUGUGCUCCUAUUCUGUCAGUAUAAAACAAUACUGGAUAUAAUUGAAAGAGAUCUGUUAAAAGUUCAUAUGCCUUCUGUAACUUAUUUAAGAUUAGACGGGUCAGUCCCACCUAAAGACAGACAUGAUCUGGUACACAGGUUCAAUAUGGAUCCCUCAAUCGAUUUAUUAUUAUUAACGACACACGUUGGUGGGUUGGGGUUGAAUUUAACUGGAGCAGACACUGUCAUAUUCUUUGAACACGAUUGGAACCCAACCAAAGACCUUCAGGCAAUGGACAGAGCGCAUAGGAUUGGUCAAAAACGUGUUGUGAAUGUGUAUAGGCUGAUAACAAGAGGGACACUGGAGGAGAAGAUUAUGAGUUUGCAGAAGUUCAAGUUGAAUAUUGCUAACACAGUUGUCACUCAAGAGAACAAUAGUCUACUAUCAAUGAAUACUUCUGAUUUUCUCGAUCUCUUUCAACUUGGAGAAGGAAAAGGAGCAGCUUCCUCUUCUACUGCCCCCUCUACUGGUGGCUCAUUAGAGGCAGGGAUAGGAGGAAUAGGAGGAGGAGGGUUGAAGAGUAUUUUGGAUAAUUUGCCCGACCUCUGGGAUGACAAUCAGUAUGAUACUGAAUAUAAUAUUGAGAACUUUAUGAACUCCUUAAAAACGGAUCAGUGACAGUUAUCACCUCUUCGUUAAUUUUAAUGUGUAAUCAUGUGAAUGCAUACAGUGAUGAUGAUUAUGAUAAAUCUUAUAAAAAGAGACCUGGCAACAUA